AUGAAACCAACUAAUUUCUUUUCUUUAACUUUGAUCUUUAUUUUUUUCAUUAUUUUCAACAACAAUUCUAUUGUUUCUGCCGUUGAGUAUGAGAUAGAAUUUAGUUAUACGGGUGAGACGGCACCGGAAUUUUGGGACAAAUUAUCUGAAGGUUCAAAAAUUUGUAAAACUGGUAAACUUCAAUCACCAAUUGAUAUCACAUCAGAACUAUUAUUAGCAAAGAAAAAAGAAACGCCAAAAUCAGACUUUCAAGAUGCUUUAAAUGUCGAAUUCAUUAAUAACGGGAAUACGGUAGAAGUACUCCCUGGCAAAGGGAAUAAAACCUUGCCGGCUACAAUCUUCAGUAGCGACGAUGGUACUAAAUAUCAAUUGGAUCAAUUUCAUUUCCAUACACCUUCCGAACAUCGUGUCAAUGGUAGACAUUUCGAUGUUGAACAACAUUUAGUAUUCAGUAAAGUUGAAGGCAAAAACCCAAAUGAAAUUGCAGUCGUUGCUGUUUUCUACAACAUCGGUGAUGAAGAAAAUGCGUUUUUGAAACCACUUGUCGAAAAAAUUCCAAAGAAAGUCGAUGAAAAGAAUGAAAUUGAAAAGGUUGAAUUAAGUGCAUUGGUAAAAGACAUAGAUAACAUUAGCAACGCAUUCAAUUAUGGUGGCAGUUUGACAACACCACCAUGUACUGAAACCGUUGAAUGGUAUGUCAACCAGAAACCAUUAUCACUUAGCAUAGAACAAUUUACGACGAUGCGCAAUGUCAUUGGUUUCAAUUCACGUUUCACGCAAUUAAGAAGUGACGAAUCCGUUAUUAAGAAAAGGUCAUUUCCAAGGUUGAGAAGAUUUUUUAGACGAUAG